AUGCCGCGGUCCUUCCUGGUGGACGCGCUGGUGUUGCGCGAAGGCGCCGGCGACAAGAAGGGUGGCACCUCGCCCGGCAGCCCGCCGCCGCCGCCGCUCUUCCCCUACGCCGUGCACCCCUCGCACCCUCUCCACGGGCUCUCCGCUGCCUCCGGAGGUGCCUGCCCCGCCGCGCCAGGAGCCACGGCGGCGGCGCGGAAGGCCGGUCUGCUCUGCGUGUGCCCGCUUUGCAUGACCGCCGCCUCGCAGCUGCACCCGCCACCUCCGCCGCCCGCUCUGCCGCUCCUCAAGGCAUCCUUCCCGCCCUUCGCCUCCCAGUACUGCCCGUCGCCCCUGGCCGCUAGGCCGGCCCCCGGAGGCUCGGCGGCAGCCGGCCACGCGCCCACCCUCUACCAGAGCGCCUACUCCCUGCCGGACCCGCGGCACUUCCACUGCAUCUCCGUCGACAGUACGUCGAGCCAGCUGCCCAGCAGCAAACGGAUGCGCACCGCCUUCACCAGCACGCAGCUGCUGGAGCUGGAGCGCGAGUUCGCCUCCAACAUGUACCUGUCCCGGCUGAGGCGCAUCGAGAUCGCCACCUACCUGAACCUCUCCGAGAAGCAGGUGAAGAUCUGGUUCCAGAACCGACGAGUCAAGCACAAGAAAGAAGGCAAGAGCGGCUCGCACCGCUCCGGAGGCGGCUUGGCGCUGCACAGCUGCAAGUGCGCUUCCCUCUCCGCCGCGGCCAAGUGCUCCGAAGACGACGAGGACUUGCCUAUCUCGCCCUCUUCUUCGGGCAAAGACGAGAAAGACCUCGCCCUGACGCCCUGA